AUGCCCGUCCCGAUUCUACCUUCGGGUAGAGUAGCUUGGCCUUCUCCGAUGUUGGCUUUUGUUGCUUAUUCCCUUUUCGUCUUUGAAUGUUGUCUUGGUCACAAUGGAUCGGGCUUGGUCGCAGGUAACAAGGCCUCAUAUAAUAACUAUUGGUGGCUUUUCACGAGUCUUCGUCUCCCACCAACGCCCCACAUAUACUGCCAGUGCUUCUCCAUAAAAGUUGCCUCAAAAAUGUCUUCGCCCUACACGCUCAUCAGUUCAAAUUACGGCCUACCAGCCACUUGCGAGGACCUAUAUCACCACCUCCGCUCCGCGUCUUCUCUCGAUGAUGUCCUUGGACGUCACUUCGAAUGGAUCAACAUCCAGCGCUUGGGCCCUUUGGACAGUCAUAGCGACCCUUUCCUACUGACAUUCGUAGAGGCCCUCUCACACCACCCUUCGAUAACCAACAUGUUCCUCAGUGGUUUGAGUUGGGGUGAUUUCGGGUCUCCCAUUCGGUGGCAUCUCACUAUCACUGCGUUCCCCAACAUCACCUCACUUGAGCUAGAGGCUGUCAGUCUUGGAGGGAUCGAGCUUUUCUCCCUCAUACGCGCAUUUCCGAAACUCACGGAGCUGACCUUGGAUGAAGUCAAGCUUACUAGUACCAACAUCUUCGCCGUGCAUGCGAACAUCCAAGCAUUCGAUGCGCAAACCAUCCGGAAUAAUCAGCACGGCCCUGAAAUCUCGUCUUUCUCUAUCUCUGUUGGCGAAGGCACCACCAAUACGCUUGACCCUUUUAUAAGGAUAAAUUCCCCCGUCUCAUUUCGCCGCCUUGAAACUCUUGCGAUCGAAGGUACAGGAGGGGAGGAUGUCAUUCGUCAGAUUGCAACUCUGAUCGACAUCGCGGAACCUUGCGACUUGUCGGUUAAUUGUGUGAGUUUUGAUCUAGCACGGCCACCACCCCUUAAUCUUGCUAGUGUCCACUCUCUUGAGGUGAUGAUUCCCCUGAAUGGUGAAUAUAACUUUGAGCACACAAAUGACUGUUUGCGGUGGUGGGCAUCGAUGUUUAAGCAAGUCCCAGAGAUAAACAAUCUCACUGAUAUUUGUAUCAUGGUCGAUGUUGCCCCAAAGACGUAUCCUUUCCUGCCCACGGGAGGGAAGGCAUUUUCAUGGAUUAUCUUUGACGAGAUUUUGUCGGACCAGAAGUUCAAAUUGACUGAGUUCUCGGUAGUGCCUAGACCUCUGGACCUCUCUGACAUUGCCUUCAACAUGAGGUUUUAUGACGAGUGGCUCAAAUCCGAGGCUCUGGUCCAAUGUUUCGAGAACCAUCAAGGCCUCAGUCUUCGAUGGGAUCCUUAG